AUGUCAGAAGAAAGAAUCUAUUCUUCUGGAAGAGAGCCCUACUUCAAUUUGAACUCAACAUGGUACGACCCCGCAGGAUCCUGGCUGGACAAUCGCCGUAAACCAUUCCACUAUGUCGAGAACACUUCCUGUGUGACUCGUUGCAACGCUCGAUGUGACAUACCUAGAAGAGGAGGCCAUAAUUACCGGUGCUAUUGCUACCGCCACUCAACCUGUAGCCCAGGGGGGAACCCGAGAUCCACGUGCUGUGUCCACAACCCCUCAGGAGGACCCCGAGACUACUGGGGGCGCCCAAUUGGAGAUUCAUGUGAUGGACGUACAGGUGGACACUAUACUCACGAAGAGUCAUUCCAUAGUUCAUGCUGUGGAUCUUCAGGAGGAAGCGGCACUGGUGGAGGAGGAGGAGCAUGUGCUCAGCCUUCUGGUGGGUCAGCUGGAUGUGGAGGUGGAAGAGGGGUGUGUGCUGAGCCCGGAUUUGCUCUGCUGGUCGAGAAGGAUGUGUUCCCGUCAGGACAAGGACCAAUGCUACAAGCAGGAGGAAGAGGAACGUUCCUGCUGUCUCAGCAGGCUCCGUUCGGGUAG